AUGACGCUGAAAGACUUGCUCAAGAAGAAGGACAAGAUCAAGGCCGAAAGCGAUGCGCAGCCGUCGUCGGCGCCUCUCAGCCCUCCCAUGCCCGACGUUCCCUCGAUCCAGUUCAUGCGAACCACAACCACGAGCCAAGAGAGCAUCGCGCCGCCCUUCUUCCCCGGCGAUCAGAGACCGACCAGCCAACCUGACGAGAACAAGAAGCCGAAACACCUAAGCAUAUGGCGGCGACCCUCCUACAGAGGCGACACGCUCUCGCCCGACGACAGGCCCAAGAGCGCCAGGAGUGAGAAACGGCUAUCAGAGCGCUUACACCUUGGGCAGCGCUCGCGAUCGACCUCGAGCACCAUCGAAUUGCCCCAGGACCUGCCGGACAUCCAGGUCAGCGUGGCGCGCAAUCCGGAAGACGAAGCGGAAUGGGAGAAGAGGGCGACUUUGUUGGCAAGAGGGACGUCGAUACGACGACCGGGAAUUGGGGCGAUUGCGAAUAAUAGAGAUGAACCUGCGAGAAGACCAGUGACUAGCCCGGCCAGUGGUAACACGGGUGGCGACGUUGACAUACAGGAGGCCAUCACCCUCCAUGAAGCCGGAGACCUGGAGAGGUCGACGGAGAUGUUUUGCCGGUUGGCAGAUCCAAACGGCGCCAAUAACGCCCUGUGCCAGGUUCUUUACGGUCUCGCUUUGAGACAUGGCUGGGGCUGCACGCCAGAUCCAGAACAAGCCAUAACAUAUCUCUCUUAUGCUGCCUCAAACAGCGCAGAGGUCGAGUCACUGGCCCUCGCAGCCGGCAUGAAGAAGGGAGGCGCCGCAAAGGGCGAGCUCGUCCUGGCCAUCUUCGAGCUGGGCAACUGUUUCCGGCAGGGCUGGGGCGUGAAAAAGGAUGCCGCAGCUGCGAGGCAAUAUUACGAGACGGCGGCCAACCUUGGCGAUACAGAUGCGAUGAACGAAGCCGCAUGGUGCUAUGUGGAAGGCUUUGGCUGCAAGAAGGAUAAAUUCAAGGCGGCUCAGUUUCUGCGCCUGGCGGAGGAGAAGGGGAACAAGACAAUUGGCAACACAUGGUAA